AUGCUCAAACAACAUAAAAUAUUCACGCUACCGCAGCUGCGUCCGAGGAUGCACCAGCGAUACCACCCUCGACCUUUCUUUUUGAGUAUUGCAGUGCUAUCAACCUUGGCCCUCGGAAGUUGGAUAGCUCGAUACUUUGAGAGCCAAUUGUUAACUGGGGACAAUGGCUUUCAGAAGCGGAUGGCAUAUUCAGAACUUCAGAUAAACAGUUCGCGACUCGGCCCGUUUGAGCAAGAGAUAGAGUGCCGUUUCGUUCGUCAUGCAGACGAUCAAUGUGCAUUCGUCAAGAGCAACUGUCCGGAUGAGAACGGGAUCUUCCCCUAUCUUCAGCUAUAUUACUGCUCGCUUCGCCAUGUACAGCCAAUUGCAUUUGCGAUAAUUAUAGCAUGGUUGUCGCUCCUUUUCAGCACCAUCGGUAUUGCUGCUAGUGACUUCCUCUGUAUCAAUCUCAGCGCAAUUGCCAGCAUCCUUAGGAUGAGUGAAAGCUUGACGGGAGUCACUUUCCUCGCUUUCGGGAAUGGUAGUCCGGAUGUCUUCUCGACGUUUGCAGCAAUGGGUUCCAAUAGCGGCAGCUUAGCUAUUGGAGAGCUUAUUGGGGCUGCUUGUUUCAUCACUGCCGUGGUGGCAGGUUCAAUGGCUCUAGCUAGACCUUUCCGAGUCGCCCGUCGAAGCUUUGUACGUGACGUGGCAUUUUUCAUCUUUGCCGCGAUUUUAACAGUGAUCGUUCUAGCUGAUGGCGAACUACAUGUUUGGGAAUGUGUAUCAAUGAUUGGUCUUUAUGUGUUUUACGUUAUACUAGUUGUGUCCUGGCAUUGGUACCUCACCCGUAAACGGCGGAAAUACGACAGAGAAAUCGCUGCACGAGCACACUUUCACAUACCUCAAAGUCAGGAACUGGACCUAGAAGAACACUCGUCGGACGAGGAGCCUAUUAGUGGAGAUACAAGCAACCUGUUACAGGGCCAGAGGUCUCCCGACCUUGAAGCACUGGAAAGGUCAGCAUGGAAGGACGAUGACGAAGAAGACGAUGAGACACGAAACCGAUAUCUUGCUGAGAUACGGGAGAAUAUGCGUGUGACAAGACCACCUUCAUUUGCGCGGCGGCCAACGACCACUUCGAUCCGGCCUAGUUUAGUUGGUGCUCUAGAGUUUCAAUCUGUCCUUUCAUCUUUGAAAAAGGCAAAAAGCAUACAUGAUGAUACGAUAGACCUUGGCCAUUACGUGGAUACUGAUUCUGUCAGCCCGUCUCCUCGGAUACUGCCAAGGUCGAGUCAGGGUAGAUCACCUUUCCAACGACGAGAGGGACACUCCGAUCGACGUCGAUCUGCUUCGCUUAAUGACACUCCUACUUUGCGUAUAGACACCACGGUUAACGAUGCGAAGGAGCAUAGUGGGACGCUGAUUCCUGUGAUUGGAGGGUCCUCUAACAAUGCUUCUUUACAACAUGGCACCCAAGUUCAGCAUUUACAACAUCAACCAUCAACUCCUUCCACUCUUUCUGUUCCACGAUCACCUGCAUCACCACUAGCUGAUCGCCUGACGGUUCCACAUGGCCCCUUUCAUUCGCCUAACUAUCAGAUAUCACCUCGAUCCCACCAGCUCCCAUCACCUGGCGGUGUCUCCCCGCUUGGUCACAUUCUUCCACAGUCCAUCAAUUUUGAGCAAUCAGAUGAAAGUGAUAACGAGACAAUACGAUUUCCUCCUUUUGUUGAUUCUCCUGCUUCUCUAUCACCUAAACCGUCUGUUUUGAAUCUUCCGGCCGCUUCUUACUCGCCAAGUAGAGAAUACCAGAGCGCAUUCGGCCAGGAAGAGCGAAUGCCGAGAUGGUGGUAUUAUCCAUCAUUGAUUCCUGGAACCAUGUUCUUCACUCUCUUUCCGACACUUUGUGAUUGGAGAUCAAAGUCGUUUUGGGCAAAAAUCUUAAGUGUUGUCGCGGCGCCCAGUGUGUUUUCUUUAACUAUUACAAUCCCCGUCAUAGAUCCUAGUCGAGCUGAGGCCACAAAUGACAAGACGGAUAACCGUCGUUCUUCAUCCGCUCUUCCUAAUGCUCCCGACGGUGAUCCACGUCAACCCACUCCGAUCAUUCGACUCCCUGAUGAGUCGCCAACUUUGCAGCCUCAGGAUCAUCAGUUACUCGGCACCGGGCUUCGCGAUAGUACAGAACAUACCUCCUCUGUGGUGCAAUCACAGGACUCAAACACUCUUCCUAACAGAGCAAGAAUCGACUCGGAAUUGGCAGCCGGGCCACCUGAGCUGGGCGAUGGCUCCUCAUCUACGACAGCGCGGACUUGGCAUCGAGUUCUCACAACGAUCCACGUAUUCACAUCCCCUCUCUUUACGAUAGUAGCCUUUUGGACCUUGUUGGAUGACGAGCAUGACUUACGAAAUCUUAUUAUCCCGAUUCCGGUCAGUUUAGGUGUCUCACUAGUAUGCGCCGUACUACUCAAUAUGUUCCUCAAAGGACAUGAUAACCUAUCACAAGCACCCGACCAGCUUCGCCCUGUCCUAUCAUUCAUUGGAUUCAUAGUCGGCAUCUGCUGGAUCGCAAUAAUAGCAGACGAAGUCGUUAGUCUGCUGAAAACUAUUGGCGUCAUUCUAGAUAUCAGCGACUCACUUUUGGGUCUCACCAUUUUUGCUGUGGGUAACUCAUUGAGUGACCUAGUGGCUGAUAUCACUGUAGCCAGAUUGGGAUACCCAGUCAUGGCCCUGAGUGCUUGCUUCGGAGGACCCAUGCUCAAUAUUCUACUUGGUAUUGGUAUAGGGGGGCUGUAUAUGACGUUACACUCGAAUGCUGAUACCACAACACUGUCUACAAUCACACAAGAAGCAUCGCGCCAUGCUCCGUACAGGAUCACAAUCUCCAGAAAUCUCAUAAUUAGUGGUGUCACUCUACUAUUAACUCUGGUUGGGUUGUUGAUUCUGGUACCGUUGAAUCAUUGGAAAAUGGAUCGAAAAAUCGGCUGUGGGCUUAUUGUGCUUUGGUCACUGAGUACGCUUGGCAACGUGAUCCUUGAGAUUGUGACAUAG